AUGACAAGCCUUGUGCAAUUUCCUACGUCAAUAAACCACCAUCCGACUUCACCACCUGACGAGUUACUGCAAACUCCUUCUGAGGAAUCACCUCGACAUCCACCCCAAGCAGGGGAAGAAAUUUCCAGUUCUAUAGGUGUGAUUCGACGAACUACCAUCCCAUUCUUAGCCAGAAAUCGAUUCUCUCGAUUCAUCACUUCCCCAUCCCCUUCCCCCUCACCUAAAAUUGGGGAUGUUCCCUUUCCCCGACAACCCAAUACUCCGUCUCCUGCACCAUCCAUAUCGCUCUCCCACCUAGAAGGACACCUAGACGGCAAACAUACUUCCUCGAAUGAAUCGUAUGCUCUAAGUAAUGAUCCAGCUUUGAUGGAUUUCUUCAAAGGUUCUCUGGAAGUUACCCCUCUACCUCAAUUUGAAGAUAAUGAUUCUCAAAGUUACUUUGUAGGCUCGGACCAGACUAUCGAAACACCCCAGCAUGCUCGUCAGGAACAGGGAACUUGUCAGGGGUGUGUGAGUGAGACUGAAGCUGGGUGGAGUAGGUCGGGCGUAAGGGGAUGGAGUUUCGUAGGUAAAGCUUGGAGUGAUAUGAUUGAUGAGAUACGGGACGAUAAGGCGCAAAGAGGUGGUUGGGGCUGGUUGACUAUUUAA